GCCACAUACUCUGUGCAGCAGAAAAGGGCAUUGUAGAAUAUUGGAAGACGAAGGCAUCGAGCUUCCGCUGGUUGCCGAAGGCCUAUGAAUACGGAGCGUCGCCAGCUGCCUUGCUACACCAUGGAGACCAGUAUCAGAAGAGACAAGAAGACUUACACACGGUUUCUUCUCGUCGCAAGAAAAAUGGAAAUGGAAAUGCAGAGCGAGAAGGAGCAGCGCCGGAAGAUGCCAAUGCGUCUUGGAUGUCACAGCCGCGGGCUGCUCGGCGUUUCUAUCACAAGAAACUUGACUACCUGCGCGUCUUCAUGUACGCGCACCCAGGCGUGUUUUCCGGCCACGAGAUGUGCCCCCCGACCGGCGGGUGGUACCACGCGAUCGAGAGCGUAUACUGGUUUGUUGUGAACAGGACGCAGUCCAUCCUCACGACCGUCCUGGAUGACGAAAGGGACGCGCUGCUGCGGAGCCAUGUGCGGCAAGAUCAUGAGCUACGUGAGGAACAGGAAGAACAGCUUGCAUCGCCGGGCAGCACCAUCGGCGUGCCACCGGCUAAGCAUUCCUCAUCACCACGGCGACGAACCCCCGCCGGCGCACUCACAGAGGGCAAACUACUGGACAAAAUUCAAGAGGCAUGGAUGCAUGUGGCCUCUCGAGAUCGAACGAAGAAUGAAGCCUUCGAGUCAGGACUGCGGCAAACAGAAGGCAUGUCGCCGGCAACGUCGGAAGAGGCAAAUAAACUAUCGGAGGUGCCUCGUGAUGUUGAGGAAAAGGCUCUCCAGAAGGUUCCACUUGGAAACUACACGUCGCACGGUGCCCGAUUGAUGCGCGCUAGUGUGAGUGGGGCUGAGGUUCCGAUCCUGCCCGCGGACGAGGCUGAGGCGCAAGAUCGGGUGCUGCUAUUAUCGGACAACAUGGCGCUAGUUGACAACCCAGCAAGAUCUGGAUAUGGAUACGGCGAACGACCUCCUGUCUCAGAAGAUGAACAGGUGUCUACUGCACGAAGAUCUGCGUCCAACGCUCCGAAGCAGCGCAUCAGGCCUCCCCGCGCACCGAUCUACGCCGUACGCGAUAUCCAAAGGGCAGACGCUAUUUGGGUUCUGCAGUGCUGGAACUUGGCGAUUGAUGACAUUUGCGGUAGUACGACGCUGAAUUGGCUCACGCCCAGGCGACGGAAAAUAUUUCGCGCGGUGUUGGAGGAUGUGUAUCUAAAUUUCAACGGUUCUGCAAGGACCAGCUCGCGCAAAGAGGUACUCGAUGUCUUCGGCGGGAACAAAAGCAACUCAUUGGAGCUGCAGAAGAACUGUGAGAAACAGCACGGCACUUGUCGGCGCAGUUCUACUACUAGUUCUCACUUACUUGGUGCUGGUAAACAAAAAAUAAAAGCGGAGCUACCAUUCCUAUUUGGCCGGAAAGACGAUCACUACAAAGGAAACGGCCUGGGCGUUCUAUGGCCAGAACUCGCUCCGGAGAAGCGGAUUCGUGUCUGUCAGGAUGCACUGCAGCAGUCCCAGGUGAUGCGACGGAUGCAGAAAGCGACGCUCUUAGAAAUGGCGCAUGUGUUGAACACACACACAAAGUACGCAAACAAGCCAAAAAUCAUCGCGUCUCCGCGGGAGAACGGUCGCGCGGACUGGUUGUGGGGCGAUCCGGAAGUUUUGGAAGUGACCAAGGAUUGGAUUCUGAUGGGCCACAUGGGCUUGACCGCUGCCGAGUGGGGCGGGGUGGAUCCGAAGGAAGUGCAGCAGGCCGCGUUGCGCGUGGCUUGGAACCACACUGACUCGACGUCGCAGCAGCUCCGACAGAAAGACUCGGCGGCGACAAAGUACCUGCGCGAGUUUUUCGCUCCGAGUAGAGCAGGAGACGACGGCACGAGGAAGCCUGCACGGAGCGAGGAGCGUCGUGAUCUUGGGAGCACCAAGCAGGGCCCGGAAGAUGAACAAGUUGGCAAUGAAAUCGCGAACACAAUAGAAUCUUCCUCAAAGCAGGUGCAUUAUCAAGCAGGCUCGACACUGCUGACAAGAACAGCAUCUGAGAGAAUUGAUAAUGAUGGCGAGGACGAGCGCGAGCCCCGGCCCCCUACAUUUUGUUUUGUGCCGCCUGUUGCAGCGCAGCACGUUCGCUGGGGAGAGUUUGUCUACAAAGUACCUGAGAAAGAAGUACUAGAGUUCGGCUCCAACCACACCGGAGCAGUAGACAAGAAAGCAACAAUUCCCGUCAAGCGCAUCGCUAUUUUCCAAGCUGCGGUGAAUGAGACACGGUAUAGUUUUUCCACGCCGUCGACGAUGUCAUCGGGACUAAAGUUGAACCGCCCCACAGACGAGGGUGUGGCAAGCGCACUAUCUGUCUGUCAGAGCGACUGCAUUGGGACGGCCGUCGAGAACCACAAGUGUCUGCUGGUCGAACUUCGCAGAGAUGGCUGUAUUCCCUUCAAAAAAAUCGGACACGUGGAAGUGCCUGCAGCGGGGGAAGUAGAUGCGAGCAGGCGUGGCGACAGAAAGUUCUUGGAUACUACAACGGGGACAACACGUCCUCUUGAGCUCCUCGAUGCGCUGGUAGCGAAGAUCCGGCAGAAUUUCUACACAAGGACAGCAUUCGGAGAAUUGUCCCCGCACCUUGCCUGGGUUCAGCGGUGGCCAAGUGGGACGCUUGCGAUUGGAAUUAUGCAAUCGACUCAGAAGCGGGAGGAGGAGGAGGAGGAGGACAAAGACAGAGACAAACCACAGAAGGGUCCUCAUUAUACUAGUAUUUUCGGCAGCUGGCGCCAGUUCGCAGCAUACGUACAGCAGGAGGCUUCGGACAGGAACCGUCGAGCGCUAGUGUGGAUGUCCGGGAACGCGGCCAGCAGCACGGAAAAAUCGGAUUCAAAUUAUAAAGUCGAAGUAGACCACACCACGACCGCAGCGAGGACCGCGGAGCCUAAUGUUUCAUCUCCGCGAGGAGCGGCAAUUUUGUUUGGUGAAGAAAUCCCCGCAACGGUAACCAACGUACAUUUGAAGCAACCGCCAAUACUUUUGAUGACUCAGGAGUUGGAACAGGAGGAGCUCUUUUGGCAAGGCAAGCGAAGUCGAAGGGGAAAGAGUGAAGAGCGCGAUCUUCUGGUGGGUGGUGAAAAGAACUACAACCCGAACGAUCAACAACAACAAACUUACGAAGAAGAUGAUCUUGAUCCACCCAGCACCAGCAGCAACAAAAACCUGUCUAUUUCUGGAGAUGUUGGGACGAAGGAAAAUGAAAUCACGACUUGGACGCUUCACUUGGGGAAGAUGUUUUCUGCAAUCGGCGACCGUUCCUCGGGAGGAGCGAGGACGGUCCUCUACAGCAUGUACAUGAAUCAGCUGUACCGGUUAGCCGACUGGUGGAGGCAACUGAUCGGGUCGGAAGACGACAGCUUUAUUAGGCAGGAAGCGAAUGCAGCGAACCACAACCAAAAAGAAAAACAAAAACUUCAGCACCACCUUUUGUUCAACAGCAAAGACGCGCUCCGUGGGCCCGCCACGGCUGCGCGGAUGUUUGCUCAGGACGUGAUCAUUCCACCGAUGAUAAGUCUGGCAAACGUCGGCAGCCGCGACUACGUGCGCAAUCCCUGGACGAGAAUCUUCCGAAACCAGUACGAGAACGAGUGGGGCUUCCUGUGGGAGGAGGGCGAUACGCCCGCGUGGUGGGAUUAUGUCAGCGGAAGGCUGGACUUGAGGAAAAAUUAUGGAACAAAUGGGCAGAAAAACAAAAAAAGCGAUAGCAAGAAGUUUUACACUGUGUACUCAGCCGCGACCGAGUAUCACCGCCGCGAGCGUGCGGUUUUCUUCGCGGGCGGAUGCAACAGCGUUCGGAGACAGGAAUUGUUUCUGUAUCUGUUUUUGAAGAAGUUCAGGAACAACAUCGAGGCUGGCGGAGGACCUGUCGCAAACCCAAACAUCACGACCGGUGCUCCAACUAAGAGUACUUCUAGCGCGGAUGAUUUAUUUCUGCAUCAUCUCGCGUCGUCGGACCAUCUGUUGCCGGAGGACUUAAUCAGCGAGGAAAGGUACUUCAAUACGACUCGGCGAGACCGCAUUUCCAACCAGUUCAACAACUACAUGCACACCUCGAAGUUUUGCCUCGUGGUUCCGGGGUCCGGCCUCUUCACGACAAGGUUCGCAGAGUCCAUCGUGUCGGGCUGCAUUCCCCUGAUCAAAAUUUCCUCCGUUCCCUUACCGUUUUCCAAAACCCUAGAUUGGUGCAAUCCGUUGAUGGCGAGGAUUUUUGCUGGGGAGAAUUUUUUCGAGCAAUCUAGUAAAGCUGCAGGAGACCUUGAUGAACGUAAACAUACCACAACCGUACCGACAGAGGAACUCAUUGCAUACAAUUGGGAAGUCUGCACGGACGUUCCGGCGGUGUUCUUUUCCCAUUACUCCCAGAUCGAACCUCUCACGGCUGACGCAACGGUGGUCACGGUGGAGAAAUACACUCGAAAGCUGCUCAACCUGCGUUGGCUGACCCAUGUGGACGCCAGCAUCGGGAAUCACCACAUGCAUUUGCUGCACGCGGAAUUAGUAGGGUCCGUUGCGAUCUGGCGUGCAAAGAGACUUAUUCGGGAAGAAAGAGAGACAGAGAACAAAGAAGCCGCAAUGCGGCCAGCAGGAAAGGUUUUGUCAUGAGGCUGUCUUGGGCCUGGAAGCUCGAGGACGCGGGCAGGCCGUGAGUUGGGCGUAAGACUGUAGCAGAGUUUCGACAUGAUAAAACCAGCUGCAGAAAGAAGCGCCAGCGGAAACAAACGCAAGGAUUGUUCUCUACACCAAAUGCGGAAAUGUAAAAAAUCUAAGUACACAGAUGCGCACGCGCUGUUGGAACAAAU